GCGAACACGCAGUGACAUAGGUUAUCGUUUUUAUGUGGUCAUGCAGAUUAUUUAUUUGCAAUGAAGAAGACGAACAUAACUAUUUAUAGGUGGUUCGAAAUCUCAUGAGACGGUGCAUUAUUUUGCUACAUUUAACCAAAAAGAAAGCAUUUAAACCAAAAAGAUGCAACGGGUGCUUUAAGUAGACUAAUCCUUCUCUCAAUCGCAAAUGGCUUCAUUUCCUGACUCCGAUCUUCAGACGUGUCCUCUUUGUAAGGAAUUGUGUGGCUCCUCUACUCCUAUAUCGUCCAACUCGUCUACCUCAUCAUCUUCGUCUCAUACCUCGAGCUGCUCUACCUCAUCUUACAGAAGGCUCCACGCUCUCCCCUGUCUCCACGCCUUCUGUAGGCAGUGCCUGGAAGGGCAACGGAGUCCUGGCGACCCCUUGAAACUUCGGUGCCCAACUUGUGACCAAAAAGCCUCCAUCUCCGAAUCCGGAGUGGACGCAUUGCCAUCGUCGAAUUUCCUCUUCGGCAAUCUGCUGGACGUUGUGGUUUCCUCCGAGGAGCAGAAUAAGACCAGGGGACGCAGCCACCCCCAUGGUGGCCUUCUCCAGCCUCACCACCUCGGGGAACCUCAGUGCAGCUCGUGCGACGAGGGCAACCCUGCUACCUCACACUGCCUGGAUUGCCAGGAGUACCUCUGCGACAACUGCAUGCGCGCACACCAGCGAGUCCGGCUGACCAAAGACCACUUCAUCGAACGGCUGCUGGAGAGACUGCAUCUCACAAGCCGAACCAAUAUCUCCAACACUCCAGUGUCUCUGGCCCAGUCCUACCACUCGAAUUACUCGCUGCUUCCCAUCUUUCCGGACCGGACUAGAUACUGUCAGCAACACGACAAUGAGGUGUUCCGGUUCUUCUGUGACUCGUGCUCGGUGCCCAUCUGCAGAGAGUGCAGCGUGGGCCUCCACAUGGGCCACAGCUUCAUCUACCUGCAGGAGGCCGUGCAGGACUCCCGCGCCAUCACCAUCCAGCUGCUGUCUGAUGCACAGCAGGGCCGCCAGGCCAUACAGCUCAGCAUUGAGAAGGCCCAGGCCAUCGCUGAACAGGUGGAGAUCAAAGCUAAGGUGGUACAGUCAGAGGUGAAAGCCAUCACUCUGCGGCAUAAGAAGGCCCUGGAGGAGCGAGAAUGUGAACUGCUGUGGAAGGUGGAGAAGAUUCGGCAGGUGAAGGCCAAGGCCCUGUACCUGCAGGUGGAGAAGCUGCACCUGAACCUGAGCCAGCUGGACAGCACCAUCGCCUCGGUGCAGCAGGCUCUGGAGGAGGGCCGCAGCAUGGAGAUCCUGCUGGCCCGCGAGCGCAUGCUCACCCAAAUCCAGGACCUGAAGGCCCUGCGGGGCGUUCUGCAGCCCCAGGAGGACGACCGCAUCAUGUUCACCGCCCCGGACCAAGCCCUCCUCAUCGCCAUCAACUCCAUGGGCUUCAUCAGCAGCGGCGCCUUCGCCCCCGUCACCAAGGCUACCGGCGACGGCCUGAAGAGGGCGCUGCAGGGAAAGGUGGCCUCUUUCACCGUGGUGGGCUACGACCACGACGGGGAGCCCCGGCUGUCAGGCGGGGACGGGAUCUCGGCCGUGGUGAUGAGCCCGGAUGGGACCCUGUCCACUGCCGACGUGACAGACCACCAGAACGGCACGUACAGCGUGAGCUACCUGCCCAAAAUGGAGGGAGAGCACCUGGUCUCGGUGCUCCUCUGCAGCCAGCACAUCGAUGGCAGCCCCUUCAAAGUGCCGGUGAAGUCGGGCCGGAGCUACGGGGGCGUGGGCCUGCCCGUGGCCUCCUUCGGGGCAGAGGGGGACGGGGACGGCCAGCUGUGUCGGCCCUGGGGCAUCUGUGUGGACCGGGAGGGCUACGUGGUGGUGGCGGAUCGCAGCAACAACCGCGUUCAGAUCUUCAAGCCCUGCGGAACAUUCCACCUGAAGUUCGGCACUCUGGGGUCUCGCCCCGGCCAGUUCGACCGGCCCGCCGGCGUGGCCUGCAACCCUCAGAGGAGGAUCAUUGUGGCCGACAAGGACAAUCAUCGCAUUCAGGUGUUCACCUUCGAGGGCCAGUUCCUGCUGAAGUUUGGAGAAAAGGGUUCCAAGAACGGGCAGUUUAACUACCCCUGGGAUGUGGCUGUCAAUUCGGAGGGCAAGAUCCUGGUCUCAGACACCCGUAACCACCGCGUCCAGCUCUUUGGCCCAGACGGCACCUUUCUGAAUAAGUACGGAUUCGAGGGGGCGCUCUGGAAGCAUUUUGACUCCCCCAGGGGUGUGGCCUUCAAUCAAGAGGGCCACCUCGUGGUGACGGACUUCAAUAACCACCGGCUAUUGGUCAUCCGGCCAGACUGCCAGUCAGCCCGCUUCCUGGGCUCGGAGGGCACGGCGAACGGGCAGUUCCUUCGUCCACAGGGGGUCGCCGUGGAUCAAGAGGACCGCAUCAUCGUCGCAGACUCCCGCAACCACCGCAUUCAGGUGUUUGAGCCCAAUGGCAACUUUUUAUGCAAGUUUGGGACCCAGGGAAAUGGAUUCGGCCAGAUGGACCGUCCGUCAGGGAUCGCCAUUACUCCAGAUGGAAUGAUCAUCGCUGUCGACUUCGGCAACAACCGAAUCCUUGUGUUCUGAACCAACACCACCACUCUUUUUGUUUGGACACAUGAACCUGGAGGAGGGAGAAUAGCAUUACAACAGGAAAAGGGGAUUUUAAGGUACACAUUGAAGAAAUCAGCCUUUGCUUCAGGUGAGAGUGGCCAAUGUUUGAGAGAGCCUUUUUUGGGAUAUUAUUUCCUUGUAUUUAUCCAUCCAGCACAUUUCUGGAUUUACACAGGCUGUUCUGAGCAUACAUCAGUACCCUGCCAGACAAAGGGCUGUCGAUGUCCAUCAUGUGUACCUUAAAAUCAUGUUUGCUUAAUUGUCUCAGGGAAUUCUUUUGCAUUCUUGAAAUAUUUUACUCUCUGGAUCUACCUCAUCUAACUCAUAUGAAUGUACUUUGUGUUUGUUGUGCAGAGAUUUAGUCCGUAAAGUUUUAUAAAGAAGAAAAUGUCUACCUCAAUUCUUUUUUAUUUAAGAGAGAAAAAGAAAACGAUGUUUAGUUUAUAUUUGCACAGCUCGCACAACUUUUCUACAUUGUUACUGUGCACACAAAGCAAUUUAAAAACCUUUCUAUUGCUGACACUGUUCAGACACAAGGCAACACGUUUAGGAUGGAAGGAGUCCAGACAUUUUGAUUAAUAUACUAUUGUAUUAUGUGUUGUUCAUUGAUAUUUUAUUAUAAAUAGACCUC